ACAACAUCUCCACCUCCAUAUUUACCCUACACCUACACAUCUGCAAACAUGAACUGCUGAUCGAUCUCAUUGACAAGUUUCCUUCCAUUCCGCUGUCUAACUACCGUCCGAAAAAUGCAUCAUGGCCUAUCCGCCGUCUUCAUAUGGCGACCGUCCUCCGCUGCAAGGCUACCGAAGAUCCUUUACCACGCCCGCUCGCCCUCUAUCGUUCCAUGAAAAAGCAGGCCUCCAGAAUGCAGAUGCAGGCACCGACAUCCUGUAUUCCCAUCCCUCCGCCCGUAUCAUCCUCUUCUCUCCUCCCACCGACUCUCUCCCCACUACAACCAAGGAUACUCUACCUGAUGCCGAUUACCCAGUUGAUGCGGUUGAAGUCCUCCCAUGGCGCUCCCGAACCGAGACACUUUUGUCCAACUGCGCAAUCGUAAUCGAAAAAGUCCGCGGAUCCACCUGGUUCCUCAAAUCUGCAGAUCAAAAGGUCAUUCAAACCAUCAUGCGCAACUCGCAAUGUUGGUGCGUUGAUGGCGAGUCCAAAUUUGUCCUGCGCACUGGCAAGCUCAGGUACUAUCGGAUAGAGUUGCCUUUGGAGACAGAUCAAGACAGAGAUAGGGUUCGGGAUCUGAAGUUGGCAUUGCCCAAAGUCCUGCGCUUCGAGAUCACGCCCUGUCCGUUCAAAAGGGCUUUCCAUGUCGAUUUGCCCGAAGAUGCCAUUACUCCACGGCGAAAAGGAACGUGGAAAAGGAGGGCUCCUCCAGAGCCCACCACGCCCAACACGGACCCUCUGCCGCUUCGGCGAUCCAAAACUACUAGAGCAUGGAGUCUUCAAGGGCAAGCCUCUACCCCAAUGCAGCCCUAUGGUAGGCGGGGAUCAGACUAUGGCUUUCGACCCAGUCGAGAUUCUUCUCCCAAUCCCAGGCUCGAUUUUGAUGCAUAUCGUCCGACAACUCCGUCAAGCCUUGCAUCCAGUGAAGAACCCGGCGAUGGUUGGCGUGAUGAAGCUCAAGACGACUCGAUGGUGCACCACGAACAAUUCCAAUCGUCACAUGCAAUGGACGUUCAAACACCGGGUUCAGAGUGCGAGGUGUCAGCGCAUCUGUCGGAGCAGGAGAGCCCUCAAUCAGACAAUGAGCCAGAAGUUCCCGCUACGAUAAGCCAGGAUGAUCAGUUGGCACCAACGUCUGCAACACCGGAGGAUGUGCUCCGAGAAGCAGACAAAGCAUCAAUGACCGUCGAGGCUCCACCCCCAGAAAUAGUGGCCCCAGAGGAAGACCAAAUACUGGUCCCCGAACAAACCUCUGCAUCUCAAAUUAACCCUUUGGAAUCGAAGAUCGACACAACCGUUGAGAGCGACGCAUCAAUGCCAUCAGGAACAGCCACAGAAACCGCCGAAGAGGAUGAAGAGGAACAGGACAUCCUGGCCUCAGACGUAGAUGUGGCGCAAGACGGUGAACCCAGCUCCUCUGUAGCUGCCGUUGAAGACCACGAUGCUAUAAGCCAAGAGGAUUCGGCUCUAGAUCCUGAGGUCGAGCCUUCGUCAGAGAAACCCAUUGACAACACUAUAACCCCAGCUGCUGAAGAAGACAGCCUCACAAGGGUUUCAAGCACCGAUUCAUUUUUCACUUCAAAUUCCCUUACAGAGGAAUCUCUUUCAUCCCACGUGGAUGCAAUUGACUUUCAGAAGACCCCCAAUGCUGAACAACUCGACCCCUUUGCCAUGAAGGUUCGACAACACAAAAGGGACGUGUCAGAGCUGACUGUGACAGCGUCAACGAUUGAUUCAUUUUUAGACACCAGCUCUGUCCGGCCAUCUACAGGGGAUUCAAUCGAUGUCCCGACAACACCAGCAUUGGCACAGUCGACAACAUCUGAUUUAUCGUGGCCUGAUGUGGAGACACCAUCAUCCCCCUUACGAGAUGAAGGUCUUCGGAGACGGUUGAAGACGCAAAGAUCAUUGUCUCCGCUGCCACCAUCCCCCACCUUGUUUGCCCCAGGGUCACCGACACAUGGUUCUCAUUUUACUGCUGCUUUCCUACAAAAGGCUUGCAAUUUGGCGCUGGUGAAGCCUAUGGAAGCAGUAGUGUUGCUUGUCCAUAUCUUGGCUCGGAUCGCUGGAGGCGCCACAGUCAACGACCUAUUGAAUGGGGAGUUGUUUAAACGUCCUGAACAGCACCGGCGAAGUUCUAGCUUUCCUGACCAGGCCAGCUCGCCGCGAGAUGACACAGAUGACGAGGACGAUUUUGGAGUUCCAUUUCGAGGCCGACUUCGAAAAGAUGUGUCUCAAGCCGAAACAUCAGCUGUCAAGGACGAUGACUCUGAUUCCAUGUUUGACUUGGACUAGUUGUCCAGAGUGUGAAACCAAACAUUGGAUGGAUGGAUUGUAUUUGUGGAAUUUAGCAUGGCGUUAUUGGAAGCGGAAGAUACCAAAUUUCUGUUUUAUUAUCGGCACAGAGAAUUGUUGAGCCAUCAUUGACCUAGCUUACAUCCCCUCGUGGAGGAGGUACCGCGAAGACAGACAACGUUCG